UAUAAAGCCUCUUGGGGUUCCCAGGCACCUAGACUCAGAGCACCCCACUUUUGGGGUCCAGUAGACAACCAUAAUGCUCAACUGGAAGCUACUGGGGAUUCUGGUCCUUUGCCUGUUUGCUGGAGGAAUCUCAGGCAGCAGGGACAAACCUUCUCCCCCAACCACAGAUGGCAGAGAGGAGGAAAGCUCCCCAACAUUGCCUCAGGGCCCUCCAAUACCUGGUGACCCCUGGCCAGGGGCGCCCCCUCUGUUUGAGGACCCUACACCGCCAAGCCCUAACCGUCCCUGGAGAGACCUGCCUGAAACUAGUGUCUGGCCCCCUGAGCCUCCCAGCACGGAUCCCCCUCAACCUCCUCGGCCUGAUGACCCCUGGCCAGCAGGACCCCAGCCCCCAGAAAACCCGUGGCCACCUGCCCCUGAGGUAGACCAUGGACUUCAGGAUGAGCCAGAUCUUGACCCUCCCCGGGAAGAGUACAGAUAACAGGGAUUCCCCAGGUGACUUGGACCUCCAGGCAGAGUGCUCCCAAGCCCAUCUCUACCCUUAUUUUUCCACUUAAACUGUCCCCAAUUUUGCCUAACUUCUUAAUUCCCUUCCUCAUUCCCUCAAUCUUAUUCGAAUUUGGAAGGAAUCAUCCAUGUUUUGUGUCACCUUUAAUAUUCAUACUUAGCAUCCAUAUUUUCCCUCUUUUUUUUUCUUUGACAGCAUAAGCACACACUCCUACCUCACCCAGUUCUCUCCCUGCCCCUGUCUCCCACCUUCUCUUCUCCAUCCCUGGGACCUGGGAAUGCUGGGCAGGACCAGCAGCACUGUGCUCUCUGCUGCCACCUGGUGGUGUAUGACUGGGACCCAUCAGUAAACAGUGGUGGUGCUUCCAUGAAAUGGAAAAAUAAAAACCAUGUUUUCUUAAUUCUGAAUCUAAGCGGCUUCUUUACCACUGAUUAUGGUUUUGAAUAUUCAGAAGCCCUUCUCACAACCCUAACUUGCCGAGGUCUGGAAGUAAUUUGAAUUUCUAUCUUUCUUACAUAUCAUGCAAAAGGGUGUAGGACUCUGCCAGUUAAGGGCUGAAAAUACAUCUGACAGAAUCACAAGGAUGUUCAGUCCCAAGUGCCUUCCUUUCAGGAACCCCUGUAUUGAAGAGUGAGAAAGAAAGUUAGGUCUUUCUUUAAAGGCUUAUAGUUUGCAUGCUCUGGCAGUACAUGCCACUUUCCCAGGGGUGUGUGGGCAAUUUUAAGGGAAUCAAUUUCUGGAUAUAUAAGUGUCUUUUCCUAAAAUAAAUCUCUUGCCCACCCUGAGUCUGUCAGGGUACUCUUCCUAGAGCUGCCAAAUAAAGGUCAAUGGGAAAUGUAAAUCAGUCCUUUUCAUCUCAUUAAGAGAUGCAUUUUCUUUCUUUCUUUCUCUUUUUUUUUUCUUUUUUCUUUUUUUUUGUGGUGCUGGGGAUUGACAG